CAGUCGGUCACUUUACUCGCGAACGGAAGUGUCUCAGUUUGUGCUACGGGUUCGAAAUUGUUUCCCAAGAAAACUACCCCUGCAUCGGAGCGCACCCUAGAGUAUUUUUUUGUAUCGGUGCGUCACAUUUCUCAACGGUCGGUUUAAACGAAAAAUACAAUGCAGCUCACAAAUUGUCUAGUUUUCGUUGUCGCCAAAUUGUUGUUUUAAAUCGCGCGCGUGUGUGUUAAGAGUUUAGAGAGCAGAAUUUUAGUAGAAAGGUUGAAAGAAAAAUUUAGAAAAAUCCCGUCUGGCAAACUGGCCGGGGAAAUUCGUUCCGGUUGUCGUUACUUGCUUGAAAAGUUCGUUUGCAGCAUUUUCUCCUCUGCCCUGUUGUGCAAGUGCAGUGCAGUGUUGUGUUUAACGCACAGUGCGUGUGUAUAAAGUUUGCCCAUAGCAAAGUUCGUAUGUAUGUUGUGUGGAUGUGCUUGUAAUCGUAAAAAAAUAUGGUGUGUCAAUCGUAAUCAAGGGAUGUGAAAUGUGCAUUUCCCAUUUUCCUUACCAUUCCUAACCCAUCACCCAAUCCUGUGCGUAAAAGUGUUUUAGCCAUUUAGUCACCCUCUUCAUCCUGUGCAGUGUUUUCCGGUGCGAAUGGUGGCGAAGUGUUGAGAAAAUUAUUUGUUACCCCUUCGGUGUGUGAAGAAAAGAAGCUUUAAAUCAGAAUUUAUGGUGGUGGUGGAUGCGUGAAGAAAUCAAUCAGAAGGAAGCGCUACUAUAAUUUUUCUGCAGAAGUAAAUUUACUUCGCUCGCAAGAGAGCAGGAGAGAAAGCGCGAGCGAGAGGCAGAUCGUAAGAAGCCGAUAAGCAAGGAAGCAACGUACGAGAGAUUGUGGUUUUACUUUUCAAACUGUGUUGCGACCGUCCGAGCGCGAUUAUCGCGUCACACUGGUACGUGCGGAAAAGUGUCCUUUGGUGGUGAAAUUCGCGUCUCCCUGCACCGCUGAUGCGUUCGUCGAACCGGUGAUCCGGACUCCUGGUCAUCGUGCGUCCUGCUAGACGGCCGGAGAAAGAUGGCUACCCAUCAUCUGUACGGGGCGCUCAUUGCGCUGGUGUGCGUGCUGUGCUACCACAACAGUCUCAAUUGUGGCUUCGUGUUCGACGACAUCAGUGCGAUCAAGGAGAACCGUGACCUGCGACCGCACUCCUCGAUCAAGAACGUGUUUCUCAACGAUUUCUGGGGCACCCCGAUGCACAAGGAACAGAGUCAUAAAUCAUAUCGACCGCUGUGUGUCCUAACGUUCCGCUGGAACUAUCUGCUGCACGGGCUCGAGCCGGCCGGCUAUCAUCUGGUCAACGUGCUGCUGCACACGAUCGUUUCGCUGAUGUACUUCCGAAUGUGCGCCAUGUUGCUUUCGGAGUCGGCCAGCUUUGCGGCUGCCCUACUUUUUGCCGUGCAUCCGAUCCACACCGAGGCGGUGACCGGUGUCGUCGGACGGGCGGAAACACUCUCGUCGGUGUUUUUCCUGGCAGCGUUCAUUUUCUAUACCAAGGCGACCAGGCGGAAAAAAUCCACAGGUUGGCGCUUUCUAUGCCUUUCCAUGCUGUUCGUCGCGACGGCCAUGCUGUGCAAGGAGCAGGGCAUCACCAUAACAGGCGUGUGUGCAAUCUACGAAAUCUUCGUUGCCCAGAAGAUACGGCUCGGUGACAUCUACCAUCUGGCACGCUCGAUGAUGAGCGGGAAAACGUUCGCCCUACCGACGGGCUGGUGGCCACACGAAGCGUCCCGCCGGCUUGCCGUCCUGUGCGUUACCACCGUGGCGCUACUCUUUGCUCGGCUGCAGAUCAUGGGCUCCCAGCUGCCCGUUUUUACCAGAUUUGACAAUCCAGCCUCCGUAGCAGUAACACCAGCACGGCAACUAUCCUACAACUAUCUCGUCUCGGUCAACCUCUGGCUACUACUGUUUCCUUGCGAUCUGUGCUGCGACUGGACGAUGGGCACCGUCCCACUGGUCGAAUCAUUUACGGACCCACGCAAUCUGGCCACACUCGGCGCGUACAGCAUGAUCGGCGUACUGGCCUGGGUUGCCUUCAUCGAAAAUCAUCGCCAAAAGUCGGCCGUGGUUGUAAUGGGACUCGCGUUCAUGAUUCUUCCCUUUCUGCCCGCAUCGAAUCUCUUCUUCCCCGUCGGCUUCGUCAUUGCCGAGCGUGUCCUCUACAUGCCCUCGAUGGGAUUCUGCAUACUGGUCGGUUACGGGUUCCAUCUGCUCUCCGAGCGUUGGUCACGCAAGAUGACGUGGUGCUGUCUGGGCGUGCUGCUCCUAACGCACUCCAUCAAGACGUACAACCGGAACGCGGACUGGGAAUCGGAGUACUCGAUCUUCAUGUCGGGGCUGAAGGUGAACCAGCGCAACGCGAAACUGUUCAACAACGUGGGUCAUGCGCUCGAGAGCGAGGGUCGGUUCGAGGAGGCGCUACAGUUCUUCCACAAGGCGGUCAGCGUGCAGGAGGACGAUGUGGGUGCCCACAUUAACGUGGGCCGAACGUACAACCAUCUGAAGAUGUUUAAGGAAGCGGAACAAGCUUACCUGAAGGCGAAGUCGUUGCUGCCGAAAGCGAAACCGGGCGAAUCGUACCAGGCGCGGAUCGCUCCGAACCACCUGAACGUGUUCCUGAAUCUCGCGAACCUCAUCUCGAAGAAUGCUACACGGCUGGAAGAGGCGGACCUGCUCUAUCGGCAGGCGAUCAGUAUGCGUUCGGAUUACACGCAGGCGUACAUCAACCGUGGGGACAUUCUGAUCAAGCUGAACCGCACGAAGGAAGCGCAGGAGGUGUACGAGCGGGCGCUGCUGUACGAUAGCACCAAUCCGGACAUUUACUACAAUCUUGGUGUCGUGUUUUUGGAGCAAGGGAAAGCAUCACAAGCACUGGCGUAUCUGGACAAAGCGCUUGAGUUUGAUCCCGAACACGAGCAAGCGCUCCUAAAUUCGGCGAUUCUGCUUCAGGAGUUGGGUCGUCCGGAACUGCGCAAAAUUGCCCGUGAGCGUCUGCUGAAGUUACUUGCUAAGGAUGAAACCAACGAACGGGUCCAUUUCAAUCUCGGCAUGCUAGCAAUGGACGACCGCAACACGGAUGAGGCCGAAAAUUGGUUCCGACGAGCCGUUCAUCUUAAGCAGGACUUCCGAAGUGCGCUGUUCAAUCUGGCCCUGUUGCUAGCCGACGAUCAUCGUCCGCUGGAGGCUGCUCCGUUCCUGAACCAGCUGGUCAAAUAUCACCCGGAUCACAUCAAAGGAUUGAUUCUGCUCGGUGACAUCUACAUCAACAACAUCAAGGAUCUGGACGCGGCUGAGAAUUGCUACAGACGCAUCCUGCAGCUCGAUCCAAUCAACAUCCAGGGCUUGCACAACCUGUGCGUGGUGUACGUGGAGCGGGGCAAAUUGCUCCAAGCCCAGGAUUGCCUUUCGCACGCACACGAACUAGCGCCCGGGGAGGAGUACAUCGGUCGCCAUCUGCAAAUCGUGCAAACGCGCAUUAAUCGCCUGCGCCAGACGCCGGACGGUAGCCGGGAGAAGGAAAUUGCCUUCGCCGACUAUGACCCGCAAGAGUUUGGCGGCACGCCGGGUGCACCACUGUCGACCGGUGGCAACGUUGAGCUAUCGCUCGGUCAACCCAUUGUACAUAGUAAUAGCGAACAGCUGGCGGGCAGUAGCGGUAGUAGUCAGCAGGCCGAUUUGCUGCGAGCAGACAGUGUGGACGUUCAAUACGGCAGCGAUAAUAAACAGAAAACAGUAUUACCUCACCAGCCGCUGGAGCAACAGCAGCAGCAGCAGCAGCACCAGUCUGGUCCGAUUCCAGCGGACGACGAUCCGGUUUUUCUCGAAUCGGAAAGCACAAACAAUCUACAAAGCUACGCAGCAGCAGCAGCAGCACCAGCGGUCGAUAGUAUAGCACACAAAGCGAGGCAGUAUCGGACCGAGGAUGGUAGCAGCAGCAAGCCGCUUGCAUCGGGGACGAGAAACACCAACCAUCCGUCCGAUGGUUCCCCCCUGCACCAUGCACCGCACCACCCUUCAUCGCCGCACCUUCAUCGACCGGCGGCGGCGGCGGCAACGACAAUUGGCCAAGAUCUAGACGAUCCGUCGUCCGGGAUGUCAUAGCAUCACAUACUGGACUACAAGCUUGACUGUUUCAAAAUCAACUAGAAAUGCUACAUGCGGCCUCCCUCGACCAGCCAUUAUGGUCUCAUCUUCCCCCUGUAAAUAGGUAGACGACCGUGAUGCGUGGCGUGGCGUGAGGCUACUCAAAAUGGCGGAGCGCAGAGAUAGGAGAUGUAAAGUGUACGUGUUCCUAGCGGGAAAUGGACUGCAAGAGAUUAACUUUUGACUGAUUUGUUAAAACCAGAACUAACUUGCUAAGAUCUCAUGAAGAUCGUGACGGGAAUCGGUGGAAAGGGUGGAAUAGUGCAUCGAAUGCACAUCGGACGGUCCUUAUCGCUGGAGAAGACACAGAAAGCCCCCCCUUCCUGGUUUUCGGUUUUAUGUUGCAUUUCCAGGUAGCAAAUUGUUAGUGCCGAUGUGGAAGCAUGUGGUUUUGAGAGUUUUGAGUGUGUGUAUGGAAGAGCGCGCGUGUGUGUGUGUAAUUUGUUAGGAAUGUACGAUGAUAUAUAAAAAAGCGGGAUAUUUUCUAUAUAUACAACCAGUAAAUUGUGAAUGCAGAAGAUGGGAAGAGACGUGUAGUUGGAAUCGAAAUUUCCUCUCCCGGAGAGGAAGAUUGUUAGCAGCGGCGAAAGCAAAAUGGCGACAGACAGGCGGACAGGGAGUGUAUCGAAUGGUGCAAUGAGUAGGCCUUGCUCGGGACGAUUGAGAGUGGUUGAGAGAAUAUGUUUGCUAAUCGCAAGAAAUUAGAGAGCACCCUGCCUACACACACGGCGCUGUAUCGAAUGGGUGAACUGAUGAGAAAUUAAGUUUUCUAUCGAUUUACACACACACAAAAACAGCACAAACAAUAAGGACUUUCAAGUGGAAGCUGAAGGAAAAGGGAGGAUUCCGUCGCUAGGCACGGACUCAUGCAACCGACGUCGAUUCGCAAACUACCUAAACCGUUGAAAGGGAAAGGAAAAGUAAAAAGGAAAAGUUUAAAAAGUAAACACAAACACACACCCCCGAAAAGAGCAUAGCAAAAAUGUAAAAUUUAGCAAAAACGAUUUAUGGAUUUAUAUACAAAACACCCACAGACACACACCACACAGAGGCUAAAGGAAGGCCAACUCUCACCUAUAGAACACCACACACAGUCACAUACUUACGUCUCCAAAUCCAUGGUGCCGCCUCUUGUGGUAGUGUUGUGUAUUAUGUUUUCUGCACCGAGGCAACUAGCGAUGGGCAAACUGAGU